GCUUCCGCAGGGUACCCUUUGGGGUCAUUUCUAGUCCGUUUCUUCUUUCGGCGACACUGCACCACCAUCUUCGAUCGCAGCCUGACUCGACAGAUUCGCACGACAUACUGGACAACCUGUAUGUGGACAACGUGCUCGUCGGAAAAUCAGGUGUCCACGACAGCCUCCGGUACUACCAACAUGCGAAGUCCGUGUUUGCUGAGGCUUCCAUGAACCUCCGAGAGUGGGCGUCGAAUUCAGCCGACUUCUUGGAGAUGUUGCCCGAGAAGGACAGGGCCAAGGGAUCCUCCCAGAAAUGCCUGGGGAUUGACUGGAACUUCAAGAAUGACACGCUCCAGGUCCCAUCCAUUUCUGCAACAGCCCGCGUUGUCAGAACCAAGCGUGAGUUGUUGCAAGCCAUUGCACAAUUCUUUGACCCCUUAGGUCUGCAUUCACCAGUAGUUACUGCUGCGAAGAUUCUCAUGCAAGAUGUCUGGAAACUAUCGUGCGACUGGGAUGAUUACCUCAGUGAUGACAUUCUUUCUCGAUGGCAGUCUAUUGCAGAAUCCAUGGAUGCAGCAUCCGACCAAGUCGUACCUCGCUCAUUUGGUCUGAAUCACUUGGACACAGAGCGUUACGAGUUACAUGUUUUCUGCGAUGCCUCCAAGUCAGCCUAUGGCGCGGCUGCUUACCUUCGAAAGAUUGGAGAUACGCACUGCACGUCAGAUCUGAUCUUCUGCAAGACGAGAGUCGCGCCUGUGAAAGCAAUCACAAUUCCCCGCUUGGAACUUCUAGCCGCUCAGCUGGGAGUCCGGAUUGUCGAGUUCAUUCAGCGUCAGCUCACGGUUGAGUUCACACGGAUCUGCGUCCACUCCGACUCCUCCUGCGUCCUCGGAUGGAUACGUAGUAAGAAGAAACAGUCACAGUUCGUUGAGAAUCGACUCACCGAAAUUCGAAAGAACCCUGCCAUUGAGUUCUUUCACACUCCGACUGACCUCAACCCAGCCGACCUUCCUUCUAGAGGUCAAUCGCCAUGUCCUGGAAACGUCGACCUUUGGUGGCAUGGGCCAACUUGGCUUUGCGAGUUGCAGGGGUCCCCACCUUCCUUUCCGGGGGAGGAUCCUGUACGGUUGACCACACCCACUCCUGAUGAGUUUGCAAAAUGUGUUACAGCAGAUGAGACUCUGAUCGCUGAUGUUCAGCCAGAAUACACACCCUUUGGCAUCGAUCCAUCCAGAUUCUCAUCAUGGAGCAAAUUGACCCGAGUGACAGCUUGGUCGGCACGAUUCAUUGCGAAAUUGCAAGGACGAACUACUCAGAGUGACACCACACUAUCCGCAACCGAAUUGCAAGAAGCCACAACACUGUGGCUGAAAUAUGCCCAGCGCCAACAGUACUCUGAUGUUCUAAUGGCUCUCGAAAGCGGCAACAAGCACGACCUCGUGCAUAAGUUAGACCUCUUCAUAGAUCAGAAGGGAAUCCUCAGGUGCGGAGGUCGCCUGAAGCAUGCCGAAUUGAACAUCGAGACUCGCUUUCCAGCUCUUCUUCCGCAUCGAGGACCACUAACGGCACUAAUCGUGACCCACUUCCACAAGAUGAUACUUCAUUCUGGAGUAAGUCACACACUGAGCAGAAUCCGCCGGGAGUACUGGAUCACACAAGGAAGAAGCACUGUGAAGUCAAUCCUGAGAAAGUGCCACACGUGCAAGAGAGUCGAAGGAUACCACUAUGCCACUCCUCCGUUUGCGCCUCUUCCACCAGAGUGCCUUAACCCUUCCUUAGCAUUUACUUUCUGCGGAGUCGACUACUUCGGUCCGAUGUACACCAAGGAACAGUCCGUAUCCAAGAAGGUUUGGUGUGUGCUGUACACAUGCCUAGUCACGCGUGCAGUCCACCUGGAACUUGUACCAACUAUGUCCACCGUCGACUUUAUUGAUUCAUUCCGAAGAUUUGUUGCGCGUCGUGGUUUGCCGGAACGCAUCUGGUCCGAUAACGCUCCCCAAUUUAAGCACGCGGACAAAUCACUUACUGAGGCUUGGCGAGGAAUGGUGAAGGAUCCGGAUCUAAUGAAUUACAUGGGAGAGCAAGGCGUCGACUGGAGAUUCAUCGUUGAGCAUGCACCGUGGAUGGGUGGCUGCUAUGAACGUAUGGUUGGCAUUGUUAAGCGCUCGCUACGCAAGUCCCUCGGCAAGCAAGUCCUGACCAGCGACCAACUAUACACCGUGCUGACGAAAGUAGAAGCUGUUGUGAACACCAGGCCACUGGUUGCUCAUGCUGACGAGUUCCGGGGGGUGGGGGGUCCUCUGACACCGGCUCAUUUCUUAUCCCUCCGUUCUAAUCUUAUCUUCCCUAGUUUUCUUGAUACUGAUGUACAUGAUGACCCACAUUUUCUUGUAUCUAGCUCUAAAACGUAUAAUACGCUUUGGAAACGAGGCCAGCAGUGUCUGGAAUCGUUUUGGCAAUGCUUCCAGAACGACUAUCUCACCAGCCUACGAGAACGCCCACUUAGUGCACCAGCCAAGAGAAGCGAGAAUGCGGAGCCACGUGUGAACAGUGUUGUGCUGAUCAAGGAGAGCGGCAUGCCAAGAGGGACAUGGAGACUGGGCAGAGUGGUGGAUAUUUAUGACAGCCAAGAUGGAUGGGUGAGAUCAGCGACUGUGCAGCUUGCGUCUCAGAAACAGGUCCGUCGCCCAGUUUCCCACUUGUACCCAGUCGAAGUAGCUAGUGAUGCCAGUCAAGUCUCCGUCACUCAUGAACCAGCAACUACUCACAGCGACGCGUCCGUCACACCACCAGCCAGGCCACGCCGCGCUGCUGCUCAGAAAUGCCAGAAUAUGGUUCGCAGGCUGAGGGAUGAUGAUGCACUGUGAGUUAGUUAUGUACUUU